UUAUGCAAACAGGAUUUGCUUUCCUCGAAGCCGGAUCAGUGAGAUCGAAGAACACAACGAAUAUCCUAAUAAAGAAUUUCUUGGACGUGUUUAUCGGUGCAGUGGCUUACUGGUUGUUCGGUUACGCCUUUGCAUUUGGUGCGGAAAGCAAUGUCUUUAUUGGACACAAGUAUUUCGCACUGGCCGAUUUACCAGCUGAAAAAUACUCUCAUUGGUUUUUCCAUUUCGUUUUCGCGGCCACAGCAGCAACGAUUGUCAGUGGUGCCAUGGCGGAGAGGACGGAGUUCAAGGCAUAUCUCGUCUAUUCCGUGUUUUUGACUGGCUUUGUGUACCCCGUAGUCACUCACUGGGCUUGGGAUGGAAAUGGUUGGCUGGCCACUGGUUUGAAAUACACUAAAGACAAUGUAACUAUGUCUGUAACAUACCAGGAUUUCGCUGGUAGUGGGGUUGUUCAUGUUGUUGGUGGUGCUGUCGCAUUGAUUGGAGCUAGUCUUGUGGGGCCAAGAAUAGGAAGAUUCGUUCAUGGUGUCCCAGUUGUUAUCUCAGGCCAUACUGUACCGAAAGCAGCUUUGGGAGGAUUCAUCGUGUUCUUUGGUUUUCUGGCAUUCAAUGGCGGCUCUCAGGCAGCCAUUGCAAAUGAGGGCGAUGCAAAUGCUGUAGCAUUGUCCAUCGUCAACACGGUCCUUGGAGGAGCUUCAGGUGCGCUAACUGCCAUGAUCAUCAAACGUCUGGGCUUUGUAGACAAGUAUUGGAGCCUGCUGUUCACCAUCAAUGGUGGACUUACAGGGAUGGUUGCCAUGUGCGCAGGUUGUAAUGUCGUCCAUCCCUAUGUUGCUGCAUUUAUUGGUAUCAUCGCUGGGAUGGCUUACGUGGCUUGGAGUACUGUGAUGCUUCGUGUGAAGGUUGAUGACCCCCUGGAUGCUGUAGCUGUUCAUCUCGGAGGUGGUCUUUGGGGCGUACUGUCUGUUCCCAUCUUCAACAAGGAAUCUGGAAUAUUUUACGCCGGAGACGAUCAUUCAUUUCGUUUGUUUGGCUGGAACCUUCUGGGAGUACUUGUCAUAUGGGCUUGGUCCUCAAUACUGGCUUUUAUUUUAUUUAUCAUUUUGCGUCUAACCAAACAGCUUCGAGUCAGUGAAGAAAUCGAGUUGAAAGGUCUUGACAUUCCAAAACACGGUGAGCCCGCAUAUCCAUUGGAAAGCUACGGAGACGGCUGGAACGAAUCUCCAUCAGCGAAGAGGCAAACCUUUCCGUUUACUCAGCACCCCCCUAUUCUGCAGAGCCAUGUUUCACUCCGAAAUGGCCAACCUCCAAAUGGCUCAAAGCGCAAUGGUCAAGUUUCCACUCCAGUCCAGAAUGACCAGAUUUCUAAUAUUGAAGAAAACGUCAUCCGCAAUCCAGCUGUUGAUGUCAUCAAACCAAGUCAUAUGGUAGAUACAGCAUUUUAAUGACCACUUAGUAAAUAUGAACGUAGAACACAAAUCGAGUUCUGAGCAUCAUUUUGGAGAAAACCCGAAUUAGUAAGCACAGUGUUAUACUUUUUAAUUUGCAAGCUGAGGGCAUAUAUUGGCAAAAGAAGGUAGAUCUCUCAGGAUCGUUUUCAGCAAAUACGACUUUGUUGCGCGUUGAGAGUUUUCGCUUUUAUAUUUAAUCUUUUUCAAGUAUGCAGCAUUCGGAAAUAUCAAAAGAUCAGAGAUGUUCCAAGCAUGGUCUAGGCAGAACCGAGUACUUGACUGAGGGAGGCGUCUUUUUUUCCUAUUUUACCUUUUCAAGCUAGAGGCAAAUCAGUAAUUAGCAAGGAUAGAUCAAGAUAUCUACAUCGUUUUACGAAAAUCCGUAGGAAUUGCUGCGCAUAGGCAGAAUUUUCCAUGUCAUAUUUAUUUUAAUUUAUUUUUUUUCAAUUAAAAGAUUAAGGAAUACAAAGAUCUAGAUAAAAACUUUGUUCGAGGCAAAUCUGGGUUUAAUUAAUAAGCACGGGGAGAGUUUUCGUUUCCAUGUAUAUAUUAUUAAUUUGGAGAUCAUUUGGGAAAAUUAGAUCGAGGAAUCAUCAUCUUUUUGGGAAAUUCUGAGUUAGUUGCCAGGAAAGGAGGGGGUUGCCCUCUUACGCACACUCUUUCUUAAUUUGAACGAUCAUCAAUUUCAGCGAAGAUUUCCCUUUCAAACGAGAUAAACUGACUGCAGCAGCCCCAGGAAGUAUAACAUGGUUAAACUUGUAUAGAUGUAAAGGAGUGAGAAAAAAAUAAAGGUUAAAAACUGAGUAAA